UUUUAGAGGUAGCACAAUAUAAUGUAUUCGAUAUAAAUAUCUAGGUAUUAAGAAUCUCUUUUGUUGUCUGCUAAGUUUUGAUAAGAUUACAUUGUUAAUCCAGUAAAAAAUAGAAAAUUAAUAAAAGUUGGAGUCGGUUGUGUGAGUGGCUUUAUAUUACUUAUAAAUAAUCUUAUCCUAUACUCAACGUUCAAUUUCACGUGACGCAGCGACAAUAUUUCCUUGGUCCGUAGAACAAUACGUUUAGUGAUAGCGGAAACAUGUCUCUAAUAAUUCUGAUUUUAAUCGGACUACUGAUUCUGUUCCUGAGUCAAAUUAAUUAUCGAAAAAUCUAUUUAUCCUUCAAAAUACCUGGACCAAUUCCUCUGCCAUUCAUUGGAAAUGCCCUAUAUUUUUUCAACAAGUCACCGGAAGAAAUUUUUGAAGUGGCUGUCAAAUUGACUGAGGAUUAUGGAGACAAUGUAUCACUCUGGAUUGGUACCAAUUUCGGAGCUUUAUUAUCGAAUCCUGAACAUAUAAAGGUUAUAUUAACUAGUGCCAAAUUUAUAGAAAAAUCGGAAGCUUACAGGUACCUAAAACCUUGGCUGAACGAAGGGUUAUUACUCAGCUCAGGUUCCAAAUGGUAUCAAAGGCGUAAAAUCAUAACCCCAUCUUUCCACUUCAAAGCUUUAGACGAACAUGUAAAAAUAUUCGAUCGGUACAGUAUCGUUUUUGUCGACAUUUUGUCCAAAUAUAAGACCACCGACAAAGUAGAAUUGUCACCAUUGACUAGACACUAUACUCUGGAUGUUGUUUGUGAAGCUGCGAUGGGAAUCGAAGUGAAUGCUCAACGACAUCCCAAUUCGGAGUAUGUCAAGGCAGUUAGAACCGUUAGUCAAAUUAUGAUGGCUCGCCUUAUUAGUGGCUUCAAAUGUGCGGAUACAAUUUUUCGAUUCAGUCCACUGUACAAACAACAGGCGAACGGUUUAAAAAUAAUUCAUGCUUUCACCGAUAGAGUCAUUCAAGAACGACGCCAAAAGCUUGUAGCACUAAGAAAUAAAAGCGGCAACUCCGUUGACAUGGCAACUUCAACAACUUUCUUGGAUAUCCUUCUCGAAGGAAUUAUCGACGGUAAGCCGUUGAGCAAUUCCGACAUUCGUGAAGAAGUGGACACAUUCAUGUUAGAGGGUCACGACACGGCAAAGACAGGAAUUUCAUUUUGUUUCUACUCACUGGCCAGGUAUCCCGAAAUACAACAGAAAUGUUUCGAAGAAAUGAGAAACAUCUUGAGUGAUGAUCGAUCGAAAGAGGUGUCGUGCAACGAAUUGAAUAAUUUGCGGUAUUUAGAUUUGGUCAUCAAAGAGACGCUUCGACUGUAUCCUAGCUUACCACUAUUGGGACGGCUGUUAUGUGAAGAGCUUACCAUAGGCAAGUACAAAUAUCCCAAAGGAACAAAUAUCGGAUUUUCUCCUUUACUUUUGGGUCGUGAUCCAAAACUAUUCGAAAAUCCACUAGAGUUUCGACCGGAACGUUUUCUGGAAGAUACUACCUCCGAAAAGUUUACUUUUUCGUAUCUUCCCUUUUCAGCUGGACCAAGAAAUUGUGUGGGACAGAAAUAUGCAGUUUUGGAAAUAAAAGCUGUAGUGUCGAAAGUGUUGAGACAUUUUGAAAUUUCUUUGGCCGACGACAGUAAAUCAGAUCCGGUAUUAAUUGGAGAAUUCAUUUUAGCCACAAAGAACCCAAUUAAUUAUCACUUUAAGCCUAGAAUAUAUUAAAUAAAUUCGACGCUAUUCGUA